AUGACAGUUGCCGGCAGUGCGAAUGGUGUAGCAGGCAAUGGAAAUCAGACACUAAAUGGACCGCUCGAUGUUUUUUUGAACGAUAAUGGAACCUUAUUCGUGGCCGACUGGAAUAAUAAUCGUGUUCAAGCUUUCCCCGCUGGCUCUCAAAUAGGCACUACAGUUUCUAGUUUGACAAGUCAUCCACAAGGCCUCUUUAUAGAUAGCUUUUCGAAUCUUUAUGUGACUUGGGGUACUAAAUAUCAGGUGAUAAGUCAACCAAGUGGUAUUAGUGUUCCACCAAUUGCAUCGUCGACUUGUACCUGGUCUAUUUCUCUCAACGAUGCAUAUGGAAUUGCUAUUGAUAGUUCGGGAAAUAUGUAUGUGUCAAGUUCGAGCUGUAGUUUUAUUACUGUAUGGAAUGUGAACCGCACUAGUGCUACAAGGCUUGUAGCUGAUUCAUCAUUAGUGAGCCAACCUCGACAUCUCUAUCUUGAUGAAGAUAAUAUGGUUAUCUACGUCGCUGAUACGUUACAUCAUCGUAUACUUAAGAUAUUUCUUAAUAAUAGUUUGCCUGCACAAACUGUUGCAGGUAUAAAUGGAGUAUCCGGUAAAACUGCUGACAAACUUAAUGGGCCUGCAGGUGUUUGUGUCUCUCGAAAUGAUGGUACGAUUUAUAUAGCUGAUACACUCAAUCAUCGCAUACAAAAAUGGCCGAUGGGUGCAUCGACAGGAAUAACUAUUGCAGGCAAUUCAAAUGGUACUUCUGGUUCCAGUAUGUAUGCUCUUAAUGGACCCUAUGCUGUUUUUCUUGAUAGUACCGAAACAUUUGUCUACGUUGCUGAUUAUUACAAUAACAGAGUACAAAGAUUUCCCGUAUCAUAA